GGGCCUGGCAUUUUGAUGAGUAUUGCAUUUUUGGAUCCAGGAAACAUAGAAGGGGAUUUACAAGCAGGAGCUAUAGCAGGAUACUCAUUGCUUUGGUUGUUAUUAUGGUCAACAAUAAUGGGCUUAUUGAUCCAACUUCUAUCCGCACGUGUUGGAGUGGCAACAGGGAAGAACUUGGCAGAGCUUUGUAGGGAGGAAUACCCGCCAUGGGCCACGCUUUUAUUGUGGGCCAUGGCGGAGGUAGCGGUUAUCGCCGCCGAUAUCCAAGAGGUGGUUGGCACAGCUAUUGCUAUUCAAAUCUUAAGCAAUGGUGUUUUGCCUCUUUGGGCUAAUGUUGUUAUUACUGCUGCUGACUGUUUUGUGUUUUUAUUUCUCGAGAGCUAUGGAGUAAGGAAAAUGGAAGCUGCAUUUGGAAUUAUGGUAACAGUAAUGGCUAUCUCAUUCGCAUACAUGUUUUUUGAUGCAAAACCUAGCGGAAGGGAACUAUUAGUAGGUACAGUAGUUCCAAAACUGAACUCUGGGACAAUUCAACAAGCAGUAGGAAUUUUCGGAUGUGUGAUAACUCCACAUAACGUAUACCUACAUUCUGCUCUAGUACAAUCUAGGAAGGUGGACAUAAACAAAGUUGGUGAAGUUCAAGAGGCAAUCAACUAUUACUCAAUUGAAUCAUCAGUGGCUCUCCUUGUCUCCUUCAUGAUAAACCUUUUCGUUACAACUGUUUUUGCCAAGGGAUUCUAUGGAACAAACAAGGCUACUAGCGUAGGCCUCGAAAACGCGGGCAAGUACCUUGAGGAAAAAUAUGGAGGGGGUGUUCUGCCCAUUCUUUAUAUAUGGGGUAUUGGGUUAUUAGCAGCAGGGCAAAGUAGCACCAUAACUGGAACAUAUGCUGGCCAGUUUAUCAUGGGAGGUUUUCUUAAUAUUCAGUUAAAUGAAUGGCUAAGAGCUGUCAUAACAAGAAGUUUUGCAAUUGUGCCUACAAUCAUUUUAGCUAUUGUCUUUGAUACAUCAGAUGGUGCUAUGGAUGUUAUGAAUGAGUGGCUAAAUGUGCUUCAAUCUAUUCAAAUUCCUUUUUCAUUGAUACCUCUUUUUACUAUUGUGUCAAAGGAACAUGUCAUGGGAGUUUUCAAAAUAGGACCUACACUUGAGAAGGUGGCAUGGAUAGUGUUAGCUGUUGUAAUGGUGAUCAACAUCUAUGUUCUAUUAGAUUUUUUCAUGAAUAUAGUUGAUGGACUACUACUCGGAGUUAUCUUUUGCAUUAUAUCAGCAGCAUAUAUCGCGUUCAUCAUUUAUCUUAUUGCUCGAGAUGGUUUAUUUCCUAUGAAUUUUCUAAGUAGAAGGUUGUUUGAAAGAUUUUCUUAUUCCAAUGGAAUUGAACUCACAAGAACAUCUCAACUUCAAGAGUUGUAA